AACCCAUGGCUUGCUUUCUCUCUUUAUUCCCAGACUGGAAUCAUUUCCCUGUAUGACUGUGUUUUUAAGAGGGACCCAGGUUAUAAUCAGCACUUACACCGAGAUGACAGAGAACACGCCAGAGGCCUGGGGCUCCACGUUAAUGAGGAGGAGCGCGAGCGGCCGGUGGGGGUGCUGUCGUCUUCGGUCUACGGCUGGCGCAUCCACCAGCCUGUGGAGCCUCUAAACCGGGACCACGGCCGCGCGGGCCACGUGAAGGCCGACUUCUACCGGAAGAACGACAUCACCAGUAUCAAGGCGCCUGGUUUCGGGCACAUCUCUCCCGCCUGAGUCCCUUCCAUGGCCCGAAGGGCGCACGGGCGAGAGUGGCGGCGCAGAGGGGGCGGGAGGGAGGGCAGCGCUGACCGCGGGACGCUCGGAGGGCCUCCCGGGGACGGCGGGCGCCCCUGAUGCGCGCUGGGCCACGGGGAAGGACCAAGGACCACGCAGGGCUGCUUGCCUGUGCGUUUCCUGGGCGACCAGCCUGGCCAAAAGCCUGCGAUUCUUAGGAUGGACACCUGGUAGGACGUUUUUUCACCGGAACCAAUUUCAAGAUGAAAUGAUGCUGGAGACUGAUCCACUGUGGGCAUCUGAAUAAAAUGAAAACUUGUUCCCUCCUUGA